AAAUAGACCAAAAAGAUUCAAAUUCAAAAUUUAUUUGAUACCAAUUAUGACCAGAUACCACACAAUAUAUACCUGUAAACACACACACAUAAUCACACACAAAUCUUUAGGAUUAAAAAAGAGAGAGUAAGAUGGGUGUUGAAAUGAAGUUACAUGGUUGGAUUUCAAUGGUCAUUUCUAUGGCCAUAAUUUGUCUCUCUCCAUGCUUUUGUUUAGAAACUAAUGUAGGAAGUUGCAAUUUAUAUGAAGGUAGUUGGUUGCUUGAUCAAUCUUACCCACUUUAUGAUUCUUCAACAUGCCCUCAUAUUCGUAUGGAAUUUAAUUGCUUGAAAUAUGGUCGUGUUGAUAAGGAAUAUCUCAAAUAUAGAUGGCAACCAAGCAAUUGCAACUUACCAAGAUUUGAUGGAAAAAGUUUCUUGACAAAGUACAGAGGAAAAAAGAUAAUGUUUAUAGGAGAUUCAGUGAGUCUCAAUCAAUGGCAAUCAUUUAUGUGUUUGCUUCAUUCUUCAGUUCCUGAAGCUAGAAUAAUAGAAAAGGGUGGUGAACCCAUCACCAAUGUUACAUUCCUGGACUAUGAUGUUUCAGUUAUUGUCUUCCAUACUACACAUUUGGUUGACAUUGAAGUGGAAAAAAUUGGUCGUGUAUUGAAACUUGAUUCCCUUAAGCAUGGAGAAUUAUGGAAAACCAUGGAUGUUUUGGUUUUCAACACUUGGCUUUGGUGGUACCGCACAGGACCCAAGCAACCAUGGGAUUAUAUUCAAAUUGGUAACAAAAUAGUGAAAGACAUGGAUCGUAUGGAAGCUUUUGAUCUUGCUUUGAUAACUUGGGCUAAUUGGGUUAAUACAGAGGUUGAUACAACCAAAACCAAAGUUUUUCUCCAAGGAAUUUCUCCUCAACACUACCAUGGAGCACAAUGGCAUGAACCAGCAGUGACAAAUUGUGCAAAUGAGAAAACACCAAUAGGUGGAUCAUCAUCGUCCCAAGGAUUACCAAAAGCACAAUAUGUAUUAGAAAGUGCGUUCCAAAAAGUAACAAAACCUGCUCACCUUUUCAACAUUACAGCUCUCUCAGCAUUAAGAAAAGAUGGACAUCCUAGUUCUCAUAAUGGCUUCCAUGGCAUGGAUUGUACACAUUGGUGUGUAGCUGGUGUCCCAGAUACUUGGAAUUCAAUUCUUUAUGCAUCAAUCAUGAAUUAGGAUUCAUAGAUAUAGUUUUCUUUCAGUCAAUAAAGGAUAUAGUGAUCAGAUAUACACAAAUUAGUUUUGACAAAAGUUACAUCUCCAUAGUUAGAGAUUCUUUACAUGUUUUUGUAAUAACUCAAAGUCUCAUUAAUUGAAAGAAAAUAAUUACUUUUGUUGCCCC